CCAUCUUCAAGGAAAAUCAAUGGCAGGUGGAGCUCUUUUUCUGGGUUUAGUUUUGGUUUUGGCUUACUUUUCGGAGACAUGCUUCGCGAUGAUCACUUUCUCUUCGCUGCAAAGAACGCUCGUUGUCACUGCUUCUCAUCCACAACGAAUUUUGAAAGCUGGGGAAGACAAAAUUACAGUGACAUGGGGGCUGAACCAGAGUCUCCCAGCAGGGACCGAUUCGGCCUAUAGAACCAUCAAGGUCCAGUUAUGCUAUGCACCAAUUAGCCAAGUCGACCGAGCUUGGAGGAAGACCGUGGACAAUCUUUCCAAAGACAAAACAUGCCAAUUCAAGAUCCUAAAAGGACCCUACACCACCACCAACCGAACUUCCGAAUGGACCAUCGAGCGAGACGUGCCGGCAGCCACAUACUUCAUCCGAGCCUACGCAUUGGAUGACGAUGACCGCCAAGUGGCUUAUGGCCAAACCAAUGACGCCAAGAAAUCUACCAACCUCAUUGAAAUCCAGGCCAUCAGCGGACGCCAUGUCUCGCUCGAUAUUGCGUCCGUUUGCUUCAGUGUUUUCUCGAUCGUCGCCUUGACAGGGUUCUUCGUUACCGAGAAAAUAAAGGGAAGAAAGGCUCAACAGUAGUUGAUGAAAAUAUGCACAAAUAAAAUCAAAUCAAAUCAAACUUUUGGAUGUGUAAUUUGUGUGU